GACCGCAUGUAUACCCCAGCAUUCUGCAUGCAGCUUGAUGGCGAUCAAAUUUCUAGAAAGCUAUCCUCUCACUACAGAGACUUGAUCUACUUCACCCCCUCUUCGCUCUUUUGUGUGCUUAUGCUGAUUUCAGUUGACGGCUUUUAAUCUUCAAGGUAUCCGGAUUCUGAAGCUUGAGAGAAGUACGAGUAUAUCAGCGCAAUUCACCGUUUCUGUCUACACAAUCUAGGUUAAGCUCGGUGGACUGCCAAGGAACAAAGACAUUGGCCGAUAUCAGUUUGAGUGCUUGAAUAAAUAUCCGGGCAGAGAAAACAAGAGAGAAAGAUUGGAGUCUGCCCUUUCAAAUCAUUCAAUUACAAAAUCCGCCAGUCAAUAACAACGAGCGCGACUACUUGAGGGGCACGACGGGGACCAGAGACAUGAUGAUCUCGCUCGAUAAACCAUGACAAUGGCGGGCGACAAUUCCGACGCCAGCUCCAUGAACAAUGGCCACACUAUGCCCAACAACCGUGAUAAGAGUAUUCGGCUCACUCCGAACACUAAACUAUCAGGGCCAGGUCUACUCAGAAUUGGGAGAUUCAAAUUUAGAGCAAAGACGGAUGAUUUACCACAAGAUUGGUGGGUUGCAUCAACUGCAUUUCCUCUCAUAGCUGCCACAAUUGGACCCUUGGCAAAUGUUUUAUCAAUUUCCGCUCUGGUUACGAAGUGGAGGGCUGAUCUACCCGAUGAUGGUCAAUUGCCAUUUGGUGCUGACGAAAAUGGCGUUGGCAUACCUGAUCCAAAAUGGGAGAUCAUCCUAAAUGCUAUUUCUCUUGGAUGUGGGUUUGCUGGCAAUCUUUUCUUGCUCCUGAACUUUAUGCGCAGGGUUAGGUAUAUCGUCGCAUUACCUCUAUCGAUAAUCUUCUGGUAUCUGUCUACUGGCAUCCUUAUUGGCAUCUUAUUAGCCAUGAACGAGUACGUCCCACCUAUUCGUCCUGGUCAAACUUGGUCUCAGGGAUUCUGGUCCGCAGUAAUGGCAGCUUCAUUAUAUCUCAUAGGGUCAAUGGUUCUCAUGGUCAAUAUGCUUGGCUAUUUCCUUGGGCAUUAUCCACAACAUUUUGAGCUCGACGAUGAUCAAAGAACUCUGAUCUUACAAACUAUGAUGUUCUUCAUAUGGUUAGCUGGUGGAGCUGGAGUUUACCAAACAGUCUGUGGCUUUCAAUACGCUGAUGCUCUCUAUUUUUGCGAUGUCACCAUCUUGACGGUCGGUUUCGGAGAUUUCGUACCUAAUAACAAUCUUGGUCGAGGGCUUCUUUUUCCAUAUGCUGUUAUUGGCAUCAUUUUCCUUGGUCUUAUGAUUAAUAGUUUGCGCAAAUUCGCUUCUGGUAUGUCACAGGAGAAGAUUGUCAAGCAUCAUGCAAUGCGUCAACAACAAGAAACCUUUGGUCGUUCAGUCACGAACGAGAAAGAGAUUCGAGACCGUCUCGGCCUACCACCAAGAUCUGACAUGCGUCGCCGUAGUGUGGUUGGGGAUUAUUCUGGAGCUUCCGGGUCAGAUUUAAUGCGCCGUCCUUCACUUGAUCAGUAUGGUCAUUUUGAUAUUCAAGGCCAGAACAUUACUUUUCAUCAAAAGAGAGCCUAUUCCUCCGGUGGUCGAGGGGGAGCUGGUCUGACACACAAUUCAUCCAUCCCUCUUAGUCGCGACGCCAAGCUUCAUAAACAUUCCGAGAAUAAAUCUUCCCGAGUAAAGCAUGCUAAGCGUCAAGAGAAAUUAAUUUUACUCCGAGAAGAAAAGGAUCGUUUUGAUGCUAUGCGUCAAAUUCAGACUAAUGUCCGAAAAUUCAAGCAAUACUACGCACUAUCAAUGUCUAUUUUUGCCUUUUCAAUUCUUUGGUGCGGAGGCGCCACUGUAUUCUGGAGAGCCGAAAAGCGUGAGCAAGACUUAACAUACUUUCAGGCUUUGUAUUUUUGCUACGUUUCUCUUUUAACUAUUGGUUAUGGCGAUUUUGCACCAAAAUCGAAUGCCGGAAAGCCCUUCUUCGUCGUUUGGUCGUUGAUUGCAAUACCUACAAUGACGAUUCUCAUCUCAGAUAUGAGUUCUACUGUUAUAGCAGCCAUUAAUCGUGGUACAUUUACAUUAGCAGAUUGGACAAUUAUGCCCAAAGCGGGGGUUUGGCAUGACUUCCUCAUGAACCAUCCAAGAAUACAUGCAUGGUUAUCGAAGAAGACAGAUGAGAGAGAAGCCAAAAAACGUAUUCGUCAUGGUUUCGAUGUCCAAAAUCCGGAUGAUAGACAAAUGCCUAUAGUUGACGACGUCGAACUAGAUCCUGAAUCCUCUCUCGGUCAGGUUGUUGAGGAAAUCGAAGAACCUCCUGAAUAUACCGAGCAUGAUCUAGCCCGAAAAUUAGCAACAGCCAUCAAACGCGUCGCGAACGAUCUACGAGCUGACAAACCAAAGAAAUACAGUUAUGAGGAAUGGGUGGAGUUCACUCGCUUAAUCAGAUUUAGCACGCACAAUGCGAAGGAAGUUGAAGAGGAGGAGGAAGAUGAGGGAUUAGUCGAAUGGGAUUGGAUUGGUGAGGAUAGUCCGAUGUUAGCGGACGUUAGCGAGAGUGAAUGGGUAUUAGAUCGGCUAUGUGAGAGUUUGAAUAGGUAUACGAGACGACAGGGAAAAUUUACGAGAAGGCAGCAGGCUGAGAUCGAUAGGAUAGAGGAGAGUGAGAGGAAACAUCUUCAUAGGAAGGCAAAGCAUGAUUUGCAUUACCCUGCACAUCCGGGGCCGAGGACAUCAAGUCCUGUAUUAAAAAGGUCGUCGGGGCGGAGUGGGGGCGGAGAUAGCUUGAGUGUGAAAGGUGGCUCGGUUGAUAAUAAGAGGGAUGGGGAUGGGGAUGAUGAUGGAGAUGAAGAGGUAAAACGACAUGUUAUCUUUAUUGAUGAUGCUGAUGAUAAGGAAACAGGGAGUCACAACCCACUGAGGGGUAGUGGAGAGGGAAAUGGGGGUGGGAGCGGUAGUAAAACUCCUACGAAUUCAAGCUCGGAUGUCCCUAGAAGUAGCAAUGGAGAUGGAGACAAAGACAAAGAUAAAGAUGUGAUUGAAUUCCUAGGGGGACUAGGUAGAGAUUGAGUCUUGGAAUGAGAGCAUUAAGCGAAUUGAUAACGAAUGCGGAACGUAACGUAACGUAAAGUAGAUAUUUUUGGUGUGUAACUAUUGAAGCGGGUUUCCACUGAGCGCUGCGAAUGUAUUCUCAGUAUUCUUGGGUGGCUGUCUGUAUAUUUUGGCGUCAGAAUUAGGAUGAGCUUUUUAGAUAGUUUACAGUGUAUUGAUAUUUUUCACGCAUUACAAUCUCAAAUAUAGAGGAAAGUCUUCGGGGGUAUAUAAUUUAAUCUCGAACGGGUUGUGAUGGAUUUUGCGAUGAUGUA